GGCACGGCCCCGGUACUUUUAUUUUGAAAAAACACGACACAGGGAAUAUUUGUACCAUUACUUCAGCUAAGCUUGUCAAUGGGAGUGAUACUGAUGCACUGAGGCAGAUUGUUCUGGCUUGAGGAUUGAAAAUUUAAAACAUCCUCUUCAACACGGAAUCCGCUGGAAAUCAACUUUCUCAUCCCUCUAAAUAAACAGUAUCAGCAGCCAUGGAUUCACAAGCAACCCCACAGCCAAUCAUGUGUGAGGUCUGUGGAACUUACUUUGAGACAAGACGAGGACUCUCCAACCAUGCCCGCCUCCAUCUACGGCAGCUCGGUAUAACAUCAGAAAACAGCGGAGCUCCCAUUGACCUCCUCUACCAGCUCAUCCAGGAGAGAGAUGGCCCCCUGCCUGAUUUCAAAGCAGACUCUUCUGUACCUGGGUUGACCCCUCUCAAAAAAUCAUCCCAGCAGGAGUCCAAGACGUCGUCCGUACCAGAGGACAGGAGUGAUUCCUUCAAAGAAGGGAGUAGGGUCAUGUCAACUCCGCAAAAGAAGGAUCACGAGGGAUCUCCAGCCAGACUGAAAGAUGCAACAACCUCUCUCCUCCCAUCAUCCCCCUCUGGUCUUAGGCUGGUUGCAUCUAGUGCAAGUGAAGGCAGCAGUUCAUCUUCCUUAGAGCGCCAAACCACAACAAAGCCACUGUGGGCGCCGCUUGAAACUGACGCCCCCAUCACCCUAGACACCAACGAUGAGGUCCAUGUUUGCCAGCUGUGUGGCUGCUGGUACGAGACACGCAAAGGCCUGGCCAGUCAUGCUCGGGCCCAUCUGCGCCACAUUGGAAUCCCUGACAGUGAGAUCAAGGGCAGCCCCAUUGAUCUUCUUUACAAGAUCAUGGAGGAGGAAGACCUCAAGCCUAUCAGCAGUGAACAACACAAGGAGCUCACCUCAAACAGUCCGCCUAGAUCCUCUUCCAAACGUCCCUCCAGUCUGUCCUCUCCGCCGGCAUCUCCUCCAAGCAAACAGUCUAAAACCUCAGAGGAGUGUACCUGUAUUCUGUGCGGGGAGGAGUUUGAGAAUCGUAAAGGCCUGGCCUGCCACGCACGCGCUCAUCUGCGUCAGAUCGGAGUGGUUGACCUGCUGGGGAAAAGCUCUGCAAUUGACACUGUUAGGGAACUUGUCAGCAGUGGCAUGCUAGAAGCCAUACACCCCCUCAAAACAAACUGUACAGGGAGCUCAUCUGCAGCGCCAUCACCUGCAAGCCAAUCACAAACCUCAUUUCUCUCCACAUCCCUCACUCAGUCUCCUCAAAUUCCUGUUAACAAGGCGCCAAAGGCUAAGAAAGGCUUUCGGCUUGCAGUGGACCCCCUUUACAGGAAGCCCAAGUCUGAGCCUGUGGAGGUAGAGGUGUCUGUUCAGCCCAAGGGAUCAAGCACUAACAGCAAUUCUCCCAAGCAGAAGUCACCCGCUGCUGCUGCUUCAAAGCCUCUCAAUGCAGUGUCCUCCACAGACGUCCCGUCCCUGCCAACAGUCCUUUGCGAUUACUGUGGCCAGCUGUUUGAGACACGCAAAGCCCUGUCUUGCCACGCCCGUGCCCACCUGCGCCAGCUCGGCCUCACCUGGUCGAUCAAAACAUCACCGAUUGAUCUCCUCAAAGAGGUCAUGAUGCAGGGUGAAGAAGGCAAGAAAGAGUCUGUGCGCAGCGGGUCAUCAGGCAAAGCCACGUGGACCCCUCAAGGCUCCAGAAGGUCCCUGGACAGCCUCCAGUCAAGGGACCCAUCCACCAACUCCUGCACCUCACCUCUCGAUUAUUCCAUGAAAGAGAAAUCCCCGUCUGGCAAGAGUGGGGCCUCACACGCCGACACAUCAUGUGAGCUUUGUGGGUUUGAAUUUGAAAACCGGAAGGCCCUGGCCAGUCAUGCGCGGGCCCACCUCCGACAGCUAGGAAUCAUAGAAUGGAAAGCAGACGGAGCGAGUUCACCUAUCGAACUCCUCAGUGAGUUGAUCCGGAAGGACCCAGAAAAGGUGGCAGCGAUAACCCAGCGCUAUCGUAUGGGGGACCUUUUCAUCAAGAAGAGAAAUGCUGCUUCGCCAUGUCUGUCUACAGACUCUGACUCUGUGCCUGGCAGCAGCCUGCGGCAUUCGGUGCAGCACUCAGGUGUGACUGCUGGCUCAUCCAGACAAUCGCAAGGACACACACGGACUAUUGGAGCGCACAGGGACCCUGGUGUGCGCUCCCCAAGGGGGCUCCAUCCACCAAAACAUGUAGUGACCGCACGGGGAAAUAAUCAGGACACCAAUUCCCACCAACCAUCACGGUCAGGCAGCAUCCCGGCUAUGCUGCCGAAGCCCCCACUAACACCACUGGUCAAACUGGUGGGCAAAAUCUAUUCCCUCAAGUGCAGGUUCUGUCAAGAAGUCUUUCAUGGACCUCUGUCUGUUCAAGAGCAGUGGAUCACACACCUGCAGAAACACAUCCUGUCACUGGGCUACAAAGGCAAAGCAUCUCCUCCAGCUGCACCAGUGGCUGCUCCAGCACUUGUCGACCCAGUAGCUGUCUAGUCCACGAAAUCUUUUUGUAGUAAACAUUAAAAAAGGUCGUCAUUUUCCAGUGUCAUGUCUGAGGAUCGUCUUGAUGUCUAUUUUGAGGUGACAAAUUGUGAGAAAAUUUGAUGUUCACUUUUUGUCCCAGAGAGGGCAUACAUGAGCCAUAUGAGGAAAGCAGCAGAACAAAAUCCACUCAGGUAAAAUCCAACAGAAAGUUUUUUGGAAAGAAUAUCCAAAGACAGUUCAUCCCUCAUUUUGAUGGUCAGUGCUUUUCUCCUCCUGCUCACAAUUCCUUCCAUUGUACUGAUAAUGUGUUGCUACGUGAGUUUCCCACACUGAGAGAAUGUUGAUAAGUGAUUUUCACUUUUUUUUUUUUUUUUUUUUUUUGUCUUACUGAAUAGACUGCCAUGGUCGCCAUUUUCACUGUGAUAUACUUUGUCUCCUUUAUAAGCCUUUCAAGGGAGUCUUGUUUUAUACGUUGCAUAUACAAGUGUUUUACUAUAAAUCAGGAAGGAUUACAUUUUCUUUUUACAAAUGGUAAUGUUUUUGAAUGACACAACAAUGAUACCAGAAAGAUGCAUAUAGUAAUUUGAAUCCAACUGGUGACAACUUGAUUCAAACUAAGGCCAUCGAUAACAUAAAUGUCCUAAAAAGCAUCAACCGUCUUGAACACAGAGACAUUGUGUUUCCGUUUGUUGCCAUUUACUUCAGGUAUAACUACUAAACAUGUACUGUUUUUCUGGUCUUUUUUACCUUUCUUUUUUAACACUUAUUAUGUAAAUUAAAAUAUGUCUUGUAUAUGGCCAUAUAGUGUGUGAAAGAUUAAAAUCAAAAUCAAUUUACUACAACCUGCGUUUCACCAGCAGCUGCGGCACUCACUGUGAGAAUAUGCAAAUACAGUGUGUCCACAUUGCAAUUACAUGUACAUGUCUAUGAAUAUAAUCCAAUAUAUUGAACAAGUUUCCAUGUAUUCUGCACAGUCUGUCACGUCUCCAUUCACCAGCAUUCAUUGUUGUAUCUCCUCAUUUACAUUGUGUUUUCCUUUUGCUGUGUCUGCUAUCCCCUUUUAUUUAAGAUUUGUUUUUAAAGACAUCUUUGGGGAGCUGACAUAGAUUUCUUUUACCACUCUUGUUUUUUUUUCUUCGCACCUGCUCAUUAAUAGCUCUCGUCUUUGGUCAAUGUCUAGGCCACAAGAGCACCCUGUCAAAUGUUUUUGUUGUUCAGCUUUGAGCUCUUGACAGCCAUUGCAGUUGUGUCACACUCACCACUAUAUGUGUAAAUUUAAUUAAUGUACAACAAUAAAUAAAUUAGAUGGCUUGUUUAGUCACAAAAUGA